AUGCCUUUGCCAGAAAAUUAUGACGAUCGGCUAUGGAUUACAAAAAUAAUGAAUCAUAUGAGUUACGAAGAAGCUUUCCUGCGCCGUCAUGAGAUUCCGUUCCGCCCUCCAAAAAAGGAUCGCACAGCAAAUAUCCACUGUAACUGGGUUUAUUUGGUUGAAUGGGAACUUUUCAACGGUCAGUGUAUUCAAACAUGGGAACUUGAAGAUCAGCUAAUUCAUUUACAAGAGCUGGAUAUUUACAAAGAGAAAUGCGGACUGGAGGACGAUAGAUCUAGGGUUUAUUCGUUAUGCCAUUGGACCUCUAGUGAAGACGAAGAGGACGAGAUGAAUGUGACUAACACGACUACUACAGCAGCUCAAGAGAUGGAAGAAGAGAAAUAA